AAGAGAUUGUACCAGUCUCUAAUUACUGUCUACUCCCAUUAAAAAUUCAAUUCCUCAAGGACAAAUUAAAUCCACGAAGAACUAACCAAGGAGACAAUGUCAAAAAAGAAGCAGCAAAAUCCUUACGAUUCGAAUGGGCUGCAGGAUUGGGGCACGUACAUGGCAGCGAAGAAGUCCAAACUGGAGGAACAAUUUGAUAAAUUAGCACAAUCAGAGUUCCAAGAUGCCACAAAUCUCUUCAGAGGUGUAGCAAUAUUUGUUAACGGUUACACGAAUCCUUGUGCUGAUGUAUUGAAACGUCUGAUGAUGGAGCACGGAGGAAUUUAUCAUACCUAUCAAAGCUCCAGGAGCACAACUCACUUGAUCGCCUCGAAUUUACCAUAUUCUAAGAUAAUCCAAUACAGAAAGAGCAAAAAUCCAUUGCCUCUGUGUAAACCCGAGUGGAUCACUGACAGCAUAAAAGCUAAUAAAUUGCUGGACUGGAGGCCGUAUUUAUUAUACAACAAUACAUCAGUGACUCAGCCUCAAUUGCAGUUGAAAAAUCAGACAAAUGAUUUGGCAAAAAGGCCCCAAGAUCCCGACAUGGGACCAUCAACAAGAAAAGAAGACCCAGGGCUUACAGUCGACCCUCAAGCUCCACCACUUGAAUCCUCAAAAUUUUCAAAUAGCGAAAAUCAUAAAGAAAAAUCUCCAAAGAUUCGAGAAGAGCAGGCAAAACCAUCAGGGGCAGCUCUCUGCUCAAAAAACGAGGAAUUCCUCUCAGAGUUCUACAACAACUCUCGUCUCCAUCACAUAGCAACAAUGGGAGCAACAUUCAAGGAUUAUGUAAAUGAACUUCGAUCGAAAAACGAUGGAUCAUUCCCAGGUUUCGAUCGUCUGAAAAUUUUGAACAGGAAAAAUUCAACUGGAGCAUCAGCUCGAGACAAGAACGAGGACUCAGAUUCCGAUGAAGACUUGUUCUCCCCCAAACUCCAAAGAAAUAAGAAUAAAAAAGAAUCAAUUAUAAUGCACAUCGACAUGGAUUGCUUUUUCGUUUCAGUGGGCCUUAGAAAUAGACCGGAGUUGAGGGGCCAUCCGGUGGCUGUGACUCACGCAAAAGGUAAAGCUUCUUCGAGGGGUAAAGAAGACGAGGAGCUUGGGUCUAUGUCAGAGAUCGCUUCGUGCUCUUACGAGGCACGAAGAGCGGGCUUGAAGAACGGAAUGUUCCUGGGACAGGCUUUGAAGCUCUGCCCCAACCUGAAGACCAUAAAAUAUGAUUUCGAAGGGUACAAAGAGGUCUCUUAUACUCUUUACAAUACUGUAGCUUCGUAUACUCUAGAUAUUGAAGCAGUUAGCUGUGACGAAAUGUACGCGGAUAUUUCGAAAAUCCUCGAGGAAUCCACUCUGACCCCUUCAGAAUUCGCUGCCAUCAUUCGAGCUGAAAUCAAGGAAAAAACCGGAUGUCCUGUGUCCACGGGAUUCGGUAGCAAUAAACUCCAGGCGAGAUUGGCAACGAAGAGGGCAAAACCCGAUGGGCAAUUUCAUUUGAAAAGUGAUGAUGUGGAAUCUUAUGUUGGGGGAAUUAAAAUUGGAGACAUUCCUGGGGUUGGGUGGUCCACUAUGCAUCAGUUACGGAAGAUCAAUGUGGAAUUCUGCAGGGAUUUGCAGAAGAUCUCUCUGGGAGCUCUUCAGGAGAAGUUUGGAAAAAAACAUGGGGAGAUGUUGUUUAAUACUUGUCGAGGGAUUGAUCAUUCCAAAUUGAGUACCGAGCAUGUGAGGAAAUCGGUUUCGGCAGAGAUUAAUUAUGGGAUUCGGUUUGAGAGUGAUGAUGAUGCCAGGGGGUUCAUUAUCAAGCUGGCGAAGGAAGUUUGCUCGAGGCUGUCGAAAAUUAAUGCCAAGGGAAGAUGUGUUACACUGAAGCUGAUGGUCAGAGAAAAAAAUGCACCGGUUGAUCCAGCCAAGUUUAUGGGGCACGGGUUGUGCGAUAAUUUUACUAAAUCCAAGAAUUUUAUGACACCUGUUGAUGAUGAGGUGAUCAUCACCAAAGAUGUUCUUCUUCUUUGGGAACAGAUGCAGCAGCCGGCGCAUGAAAUACGAGGAAUUGGAAUACAAAUAUCGAGAUUGGAGAAUUUAAAAUGUAAAACGGUUAAUAACAAUUUAAUGAAAUUCAUUGAGAGGGGAAGAGCGGUGGAAAAAAAUCGGGAGACACGAGAGGAAAUUAAAAAUAUUGUGAUUGCAGAAAAUAAGAAUCGUAUUCUUGAAGUUAAAAAAAAUGUGGAAACGAAAAGAAAUCGGGAUCUCAAAACAUUUUUUUCAGCAAAAAAAUCAUUGACGGAAAAUCCAAAGGGAAAAGCGAGUUAUGUAGAAGAGAAUUCGAAAAUCGAUGAAUCGGUUUUGGCAGAACUUCCGGAAGAUAUCAGACUAGAAAUCCUGAAAAUCCAUAAACCUGACAUUAAAUUAAAAAAUCCAUCGACUCACGAUAAAUUAAAAUCCCACCUAUUGAAUACUGAAUCCAAAGAGAAUAAAAAUAUUUCAACAGAAAAAUUUUUACCCCCAUCCCAAGGGAUUGACGGGGACGUACUGAUCGAGCUUCCCGAAGAGAUAAGAAACGAAAUUCUAGCAUCGAAACCAGUGAUUAAAAAAUCAGAACCAAAUGCAAUAGAUCAUUACUUCAAGCACAAAAAAUGUGAAAUCCGCUCGGAAGCAAAAAUGCCAACAAUGCACGAAUUAGAUAUGCAAGUGUUAAUUGAAUUACCCGAUGAUAUCCGAAACGAAAUAUUGAAUGAGUACAAAGACCACAAGACUGAAAAUACCUCAACCACAGAAAACCGCAAUUUGCCUCUGCAAGAGACAAGAAAAAAUAUCGAAAACACGAUAAACAAUAAAAAUCCUAUCGACGACUUGAAUUGUUCCUUCUCCCAAGUGGAUCCAGAGUUUCUAGCAGCCCUGGACAACGAGACCCGAAACGACGUGAAGGAGUACUGUCUCGCGAAGAAAAAAGAAAAGGCUUCGAAGCUGAGGAAAAUCGACGAGAAGCUCCAGAAUUCUGCGCACCCAAUUCCAAAAAAGCGGGGACGAAAGCCAAAAGCUGUCCUUUCAUCUGGAAAAAAUUCCAAAGCUCUACCUCGCACUAAAAAAAAAUCGAGUGAAAAAUGUGGGCCUCAUGCCCCGAAGAGACAUAACAGUUUUUUAGAGAAUGAAAUGAGUAUUUUAGAGGGCAAUGGGCCUCCGAGGAAUGACCCAGGAAAUAAAAUCCAAUGUUAUCCCUACAAUUCACGUGAGAAUGCUGUCAAUAAUUCAAAGAACGCGUUGAAGACUGAGCAACAGCUGAUGUUAAAUACUCUAGUAAAUUAUCUCUUCAGUCUUCCCUUGCAACAGGUGAAGAAACAAAUACAAACAUGGAUUAAUAACUCAGACAUGGUAAACGAGAUUGAUUCAUUAUCCAUAACAACGUACCUCAGCAUGCUGCCAAAAGAAAAACGAAUUGAGGAUCUACACACUCUAAUGAAGACCAUGCACAGAUGUAUGACCGAGACUGGAAGUUGCGUUUGGCAUGGAACCUAUAGGAAAACGGUUGAACACGUUCAACAGUGUAUGCAGAUUGAGUACAACAGCAAUCUAAUGUUACCAGCAAUCAGAUGCAACCUUCGCGAAUGCAGAAGUGAUGGUGUAUGACAAUGUGUAUUUUCUUUUUGUAUAUUGCGGUUUUUUAUCUGUUGGAUUUCUGGUUCGUUUUGUUUUUUUUUUUUCAUCUCUUUUAUGUCUUGAAUAAAUUAUUAUUUUACAAUUGACCUAAUAGAAACAUAUUUACAAGCAAACAUGAUAUACUUACCUUCGACCUUAAUGUACACAAUACCACCAUUCCUUAAUCAGCGCAAUGACUUAUCCAUUAAAAUUGUGUUAAUAGUUUCUGUUUCUGUUUCUCUCUCAUUUCUGUUUGCUACGUAUCAAAGGAGGAGCAAAAUACAUCUGCUCAUACUGAGUAGUCCCUCAUUGAUAAUAGAUUUGUUUUUUAUCUGCUUUUUUUGCGAU